AUGACGAAGUCAUUGUCGGAGAUGACCAUGAGUUCCUGGGACAAGGAGUGCGGGUCAUUUGCGGACGAUACAAGAGUGCUGAUGAUCACAGAUGACCCAGACUGCGAGAGGUUACAUGAUGGUAACCUGGUGUGUCACGUCCGACGCGUGCACCCCGUGGGCGCCGCGGCCGUCACGGGCUACCGCUGCGACGAGUGCAGCUGCGUCUUCCGGCGCCCGGGGAGCCUUAACGCCCACAUAUCGCAGGUGCACAGCCGGCCGGUACAGCUGGUGCAGGUGGAGCCUGUGCAACAGAAGAGGCAGCAAGUUGAACAAGAACAGAGCAGCGAUGUUACCGCCCCUCCCCAGCCGCCCCCCGCCCGUAUCCUGAGCAUCAAGAAGGACGUGUUCAUCAAGAACCUCAAGGCGGGGACUUUCUUUGAUGCUAAGUCCUGCAGUCCAGCAAAGACCAAUAUCAGUCCAGUGAAGACCAACAUAAACCUGGUCUGCGUCACGCCUGAUGACAUACUGAAGAGGGCGCUUGUCAACAGCGGUGUUGACAGGGAGCCUUCUGGCAACUCUGGUGCCAUCGCUAUUCCUGCUGAUGGAGAAGACCAUGGCUCCGCUGACGAAGAACCUAAGACCAAAAGUCCUGAUGUCAUCAGGCAAGACACCUUCGGUCAAAACUGCACCAGCGACAACAGUUUUGUGGUUGAAGAAACGUUUGGUGAUGCCAAUGUUACGGAUAUGGGACAAAAUAGCGUCACAGAAUAUAAUGAUGUUGCGAGAUCUGAUCAAGAUGUCGUCACGAACGCGGCAUCAAAAAUUACCAGAGAAGCGACUGACGUUACUGAGAUAACUGGUGACGACAUUACAAAAACGACGCCCAAAGUCAUGAAAACAAUGCCCGAAGUCUCGAAAACUAUGGAUGAAGUUACGAAAACAAUUUCCAAAGUUACGAAAACAAGGCCCGAAGUUACAAGAACUGAGGACGUUACGAAAACAGGAGCUAGUGACGUUACCAAAGGUCCUUCAGAGCGGUCCCGUUACGUGAUGGUGACGCUAUCAGACCGCGUCAACGAAGUGGUCCGUAAGUACCAAGUUGUCGUCAAGUACUCAAAGGACGCUAAGUACCACCACUGCUGCUUCGCUAACUGCCCUAAGGAGUUCCGUAAACCAUCUGACCUGCUGCGACACUUGCGUGUGCACACCAACGACAAGCCUUUCAAGUGUCACAAGUGUUUCAGGGCCUUCAGGGUCAAGUCCACCCUCAUGGGACACCUGAAGACCCAUGCCCCAGCCCGGGACCAUGUAUGUCCCACGUGUAACAAAGGGUUUAGUUCUGCCGCUACACUCAAGCUGCAUUCUUGGUCGCACGAAGGGCGGCCACCCUUCACGUGCCCUUCGUGUGGCAAAGGCUUCCGCAGCUUCGCUGCCCGCAAGACACACCUCGCCCACUUUUGUCCCUUGGCUGGCGGGGCAGGCAAGAGUAACCCACCACCGCCACGUCGCCGCAAGGGGGACCGUCUCGCCCACGGUCCCCCUUGUCCCUUGCCGGACAUACCUCUACAGGAGCCCAUACUCAUCACCGAGCACGGCCGCGUCCCCCAGGUGGCCCGCAACGCGGACGUGUACAACCCGUGCCCCGCGACGCCCCGCCGCCGGCCCCACCGCUGCCGCUUCUGUCCCGCCGCCCUCAAGAAGUCCUCCCACCUUCGUCAGCACGAGCGCAUCCACACGGGGGAGCGCCCCCACCUCUGCCCACUCUGCCCCAAGGCCUUCAGCUCCCCCAGCGUGCUGAGGGCCCACCAGCGCACCCACCUCGGCGUCAAGACCUCCUCCUGCCCACUCUGCCAGAGGUUCUUCGCCACACCCAGCAGCGUCAAGAGGCAUCUUAGCACCCACUCACAGGCGCGGCCGUUCAUGUGUCCGUACUGCGAGAAGACCUUCAAGACGAACAGCAGCUGCAAGAAGCACCUGCAGAUACACCUGCUCGACCUGACCAUGCAGGCUGUGCGCUCUGCAGGUCAGAACCUGCAGGCCGACCAGGAGGACGCUAAGAAAAUGGUCGCUACUUUCCAGAACACGAACAAAACUGCAGGUUCUUUGCAGAAUGAAAAUCAAGUUUCGGUGGCUUUUCAAAACGAAAAAAAUAUUUCGUCUUCGUUACAAGCUGCGACAACAAUGGCAGCUUCUUACCAUGAUGGAACUACGAAUAAAAUAACAGUUUGUUAUGGAGAUAACAAAGACGCUGGCGUGUCCAAAGGUGUGAUCUCCACAAGGAACCGUCUCCUCCUACCCGCCCCUGUCUGCAGUACAGGAAACAAAUAUCCUUCUGUCCCGUCAAGUGACGGGAUACCGUCUACUAAAUUCAUCACAGUGCAUCCCAACCCUCUUCCUCCCAGCGGGGGGAACAACCAUCACACCCCAACAUCCGUGGGUGAUAAACGCCCUGGGUAUAACCCCAACAAACACCCAUCAAUAACCCUGAGCUCAGGCGGCUUGAAAGAUCAAUCACCGUCCAUCACCUUGGACCACGCCACCAUACCCACCAUCACCAUCAACUCGGCCAGCCUGAAUAAUCACCUCCCCACCAUCACCAUCGACGAGAAGGGCUCCGUCAUAGUGACCGGGGAUGGUGAUGUCCCUGCGAAGGACCUCCAGGAUCCUAUGGACUCUGGGGCCGUAAAAGACAAGGUGGCGAGUGCAUUACCAGUGACGCCAUCAUUAGUGACGUCACCACAGGUGACGUCAUCAACAAUGACGUCAUCACAAGUGACGUCAUCUGGCAACGAUGAAGCACCGACGGACGUCGCCGAGGAUAGCGCAGCAGGAGGUCCGUUGCAGCAGCUGCUGCUGCAGGAGGAGGGUCAACAGCUGCUGCACGCAGACGCAGGAGCCGCCGCCGACCCCUUCUCCGGGGGCUUGACCAUCCACCUCCCCGCCGGCAUCGACCUCACCUCCAUCACCCAGGAACAGCUGCUGCAGCUGCUCAGCUGCCACGACGUCGUGCUGGCAUCUGAAUAUCCCCACGACAAACCCCAGGCGGGGGAUAUCCCCAAGAAAUCCUCGAGUAUCCCCAGCAACUCCACGGACAUCGUGGAUAAACCCCACGGUAUCGUGGAUAAACCCCACGGUAUCGUGGAUAAACCCCACGGUAUCGUGGAUAAAACCCACGACAUCGUGGGAAAUCGUGUAUCUUCGUCGGAAAUUGAUCGAAAAUCCGGCGCUGUCGCCGCUUUUUCGUCGCUCGUUGAUCAGAAAUCCGACGAAAACGACGGUAAAAAACCCGUAGAUAUCGAAAGAAAUCAUGUGGACAUCGGCGGAAAUAAUAUUAAUAUCGUCAAAAAUAACGUGGAUAUCGGCAGAAAUCAUGUAGACAUCGGCAGAAAUAACGUGGUAAUCGUUGAAAAAAUUCCUGAAAUGGUCCGGAAAUCAACGUUUGAUGAAAGCAUCGAGAUGAUGACGCCUGAUAACGAUAUGGCGUUCCGCGCUUUUGUUAUCAACGAUAACGGAGAAAUUGACGACUACGAUGACACUGAUAACAGAGAUAACAGACUUGCGCAGCCUUACGAUAGUUUACCUGCUAAUCGCAACAAUAAAUGCAUCGAUAACAACGGUAAACAUUACGAGAACAACAAGAAACAUUACGAUAACAACAAUAAACAUUACGAUAAUAGUGACAACAAAUACGAGACUGACCGUCCGAAAGACAAUAUUGGAAUCAAGUACGAAAACAACAACGUGGGCUACGAUAACAAGGACAUCAGAUACGAUAACAGGGACACUAGAUACGCUAACAAAGACACUAGAUACGCUAACAAGGACUCUAGUUACGAUAACAAGGACUCUAGUUACGAUAACAAGGACUCUAGUUACGAUAACAAGGACUCUAGUUACGAUAACAAGGACUCUAGUUACGAUAACAAUGGUGCAGAGGAAGCUCUAGCUGCGGCUAGUGAAGCUAGCGUCAACCGCCGCAAACGGAAACUUAGCGGGCAGGACAUGAUGACGACGUGUAUCACGGCCACCUCACGACCCCCCACGACCACCACGACCGUGAGUGACGGCAGCAACACGACGGUCAAGAGGAGACGUAAACACGGCCCCGUGACGCACACAUGCGUCGUGUGUAAAGCCGUGCACGACACGCGCGCCAUCCUCGUCGAGCACAUGAGCAGCGCCCACCCCACGCAGCACUGGUGCGAGGUGUGCCAGCAGCUGCUGCCCUCUCUUGCCCACCUCCACCGACACCGCAGCUCCAACCACCAACAAUGGAGAUGCCCGGUGUGUGGUGAGGUGCUGUACAGCGUGGUGAGUGUGCAGCAUCACCUGCGCCUCCACCCCCGCCAGCUGGUCACCACUGCCCUCCUCGGCCCACUCAGCCAGAGGCAGUACGGGAAGGCGAGGAGAGGACGGACCACAUCAGACACUGAAGAUGUGGCAACUUCUGGCGGCGUUGCCACGUCACCAGACGAGGGUACCGCGGUAUUGCCAAAUGCCCGCAACCUGCGGCGUUGCCAACACUGCGGAAAAACCUUCAAGAAACCCUCGGACCUCACGCGCCACAUCCGCACACAUACCGGCGAGAAACCAUACAGCUGCGGUCAGUGCGGCAAGACGUUCGCGGUGAAGAGCACCCUGGACGCCCACGUACGCAGCCACAGCGGCUCCAAGAGCUGUCAGUGCCCCGUGUGCCACACCUACUUCGCGUCCAAGGGCAGCUUCAGCAUCCACAUGCGCAUACACACGGGGGACAAGCCCUUGCAGUGUCCCUACUGCCUCAUGAAGUUCAGGACGAGCGGGCACCGCAAGGCACACAUCCUCGGCCACUUUAAGACUAACCCUGGCGACCUCAGUAACCGGCAUGAGGGCAAGAACAACCAAGAGGACCUUAGGGAUGGGGCCCUUAGGAACAAAUAUGACGUGGAUAAUGUAAGGGACCGCAACAACAGCCAUGCAGAGGUCAAGGACAGUGCCGAAGACGGUAAGACGUUAGGAGAAGUUGAAAUAAACUUUGAAGAUUUUAAGACCGAGCCUCAUGACGCGAGACUGAGCGGGAAGAAUACAACGCUCAGAGUGGCCACUAUUGCAACCAACACCUCUUAUAAAAAUGGUAGCGGUGGUGCCAGUAGCCGUAAGGGUAGAAUUUGUGGUAGUGGCGGUAUGGGUGAUGCUUCAAUCGCUGUUACCUACACCACUGGAAAUGAUAUUGGCGGGUCAAGAAACGCCAACCCCACCACUAGAGGCAUGGGUAGUGUGUCAAGAAACAACGCCUCGUAUAAAGCUGGUGUUAUUUCCUCAGCACCAGAUGCCAACGUUGGCAUUUCUUCCAUAGUUCUCGCUGAUGACGAAGAAGAAGAAGAAGAAGAUGAUGUCAAUGACGUGCACAAUGCCGACGAGGAUCUCCUCACCCAGAACACAAUUGAUGUCCGCAGUUUCCCUGGCACCCCCAACCCCUCAUCCCGCGCUAUCUUUCCUCAGGCUCCUCUAGUCUCUCAGGACCCCCAGGACUCGGGUCAGAUCCUAGCGAACGUGGAGCAAGUAAGCAACGCGGACGGUUCCAUCUCGCUGAUCCUGCAGAUGCCCACGUCGACGGGGGCGCUGCAGCAGAUUAACCUGUCCAACAUCGACCCCACGAGUCUGCUUAGCCUGACCAGCCUGCAGCAACUGUCCUCCCUCGUGGCCGCCGCGGACAGCGAUGAGGGAGAUGACGGCCUCAUCAGCGGCGACGUGGAGAUCCUCGACGGUAAUGGUGAUCGCGUUAUAGGUGAUGGUGGAGAUGAAGUGGAGGAACACGAUGAGUUUGUUGGCUAUCAAGGUGAAGUGGACGUUGGUAAUGACAAUGACCUGUUAGAAGUUAGAGAUUCAAACGAAGAUAUCGAUGGUAAUGGCGGGUUAAAUGCAACUGUAGUCAUAGAAGAAGCAGACGCCAUGACGGUAGAUCCGAACGCCGUGUUCCGACGCCAAGCUUCCACGACCGAGCGAGCAAACACCGCAAUCCAGCAAACGUUCAAGGGAACGCGGACUAGUCCAGCGUUCGUUGCCGGGAAACAUUCAACCAACCCGAACCGGUUAGAUACUUCGGUUGUAGCUACCGCGACAACCACACACUUGGUCAACCAUAGACUCAACCCUAGGAUGUCGAAUUCGACCUCACAGCUCAAAGACUCGACGUGCUUGUUCUGCCAGGCCACGUUUGCUACCAAGCACCAGCUAGGCAACCACGUAACGGGCAGCCACCUGACACAGGUGGUUGAGAACCAUGAGCUCGUCGAGAAGAUGGGCUUGAUUCUCAGAUGGAAAGAUGGCACCGAUGAUGACGAUGAUGGUGGUGGGGAUGGGAGAAGGUCUUUCAGUGAUUUGUUAUAGCGAAAACUUACGUCUUAGAUUUGUCUGUAUUAUCAUCCCAUCUAAGAUAAUAAAAACGGAUUCCAAAGACUAAACAUUAAUAUACUUGGUUGUCAUGUUUAUUUGCUUAUGCAAUGCAAGUUAUUUGACAAGUGUCAACGGAAAUAUGAAAAGUUACGUUUUGUUAUGGGCACCGCCUGGUGUGCAACUUCCAGUAAAUGCAACUGUGAUGGUUGGAAGAAUUUAGCAACAAAUUGUUAAGUUUUGUCCUGCUAGAUCGUGCUCAUUGUCACCACUUGUGUUCAUUAUUAUUAUUCUUACUAUGCAUUUUCUUUUGUACGCUUUGUAUAAUCUUGCGUGCAUUUCGAGUCGGACGUUCUAAUGUGCAUAGUAAAUUGUACUGCUUUUGUU